AACAGUUUUCUUCCUCUCCGUCGUUCUCACCCGAAAAAAAAAGGAAAAAAAAAAUCCAGGCGGCGAAAACUUCUUUGUUUCUGUCGCCGUCGCCGAUAUCUACCCCGCUCCCGAUCUGCGAGCAGUUUCCAAACUCUCUACUCCACUGCCGUUCAUCUCUCGUCAGCAACCUUCACACUAAGUUCGAUUGAGAGGGAAUGCAAAUUUUCCUGAUAAAAGGAGGUCGAGACACUAGGUCAAUGCUACACUGGUGUGGUAUAGUUGUCUAAUUGUUGAUACUUUUGUCGUAUACCCGAUGGGAAGUUCUGUUGGCUGCUGCCCUAAAUCUAUUGACCCUACGGCGGGUGGGUUGGUGUGGGUUCGCCGUGGAAAUGGGUCGUGGUGGCCGGGCCAGAUUUUGGGCCAGGAAGAAUUGGUAGAGAGCAGCACAGCUUUGCCCAAAGCAGGGACUCCGGUUAAGCUCCUGGGUAGAGACGAUACAAGUGUGGACUGGUAUAAUCUUGAGACGUCUAAGCAGGUCAAAGCUUUUCGUUGUGGGGACUAUGAAAAGUGCAUUGAGAAAGCUAAGGCUGUUGCAGCUAAUGAUUCCAAGAAGGUAGUUAAACAUACCCGAAGAGAAGAUGCCAUUCUUCGUGCUCUUGAACUUGAAACUGCUUCUUUAGCAAAAGAUGAAGAUAUGGACAACAAGAUAGUUAAUGGAUCUGAUGGUUGUUCGGGUUCAAACCCAGAAUUUUCUGAAUGUAGAGGAACCUCUUCAGCCUCUGAAGAGGCAAAUACGGCUAGUCCCUCUGAAGAACAGCCUGUGCAGGUAAGUCAACAACAUCAAACCUUGCCAGGUGAAUCAGAUGAUGGCAGUGGUGGGGCCCCCGAAGGAGUUAAGCGGAUGAGAGGUCUUGAUGACCUGGGGACAGGGGUUGUCCAAUCAUUAAAGAGAAAAAGAUCUCAAGUAGCACAUGUCCGCGAGUUCUUAAAAAAGAAAAGUCGUCGCCGUCGUCGCUUGAUGAAGGUUUUAGAGAGCACCGCCAUGGUGACUGUUCCUGUUGUUUGUGAAGAAGGCCUUCCAAGUCCAAAUGAAUCUGAUCUUGCUGGAGCCUCGUGUAGUAUGGAAAUGGUGUCGACUCCGGAGUUGCCUAAAAAUGGUGGUUUGGAGAGCUUGUUUGAUGUUCCCUUUGUAGCAGAAGAAAAGAAUUCUGCAGGUUUGCCCCCAAGUGUAUCAUUACCAUCUCAAAGUGCUCAGAAUGGCGCCGAAGAAACAGGCACCCAAAUCAGUCAAGUUGGAACUAUGUUGUUAGGGAAUGGUGAACAACUUGUUGAGUUGGGGUCUAGUAGUUUGGGGAAUAUGGAGGUCAAUGCCGUUAGCGAGAAGAUAGAGAAGGGGACUUCUAAGUGGCAGUCUAAACGAAAGAGAAACUCACGUCGUCAAGCUAGAAAUUGUGAUUCGGAGAAAACAGUGGGUGCAAACCACAAAUCUCAGUUUCGAAGUUGGGGCACGAACACCUCUCACAUGAGGGGCCCACCAAAUGCUGAGGUGUCGAAUCUUCAGAGGUCAUUACCCCAUCGUCAGUCCCGUUUCUCAGUGAACCCAAAGUAUGAGUCACCACCACCACUGUUUGACGUCAACCUGGAAGUGAAAUCCAGCCAUGGCCGACCUCAACAUCUUCCUUAUGUCUCCUUAACCAGCAAAAUAAAUGGCUGCUGUGCCAUCACCGGGCACCCAAUUACAGUUGAGGUAUUAGCCGACGGUUACUGUGCUCAACUACUGCUAAGAGCAAAUGCUUCUGAAUGUGGUGAUGAGAAUCAUCAUCUAGAAGGCCAGGAUUAUUCAUCUGCUUUGCAAGGUGGACUCAAGGUGAGCUCUUGUAUCAAGAAGCUGAAAUCAAAGAAACCCACUCUGCUCUCUUCAAAGAAAAUGAGGAAAUUGUCUUCAUUAAACGGGUCGCGCAAGCAAAUUCAAGAAAAGAAACACUCGGAGGUGCAGGAAGGGCCCACGUUGGCAUGCGUCCCGCUGAAAAAGGUAUUCAGUAGGAUUAAUGAAGCAUUGAUCAGUUGUUCACCAUGAGCGGCGGGGUUGUAAUGGAACCAGCAAUGGUCUUGAGUUGUUUUGAAUUGGUUCAGGCGUCAACUUAGUCUCGUGAUCAUAUACUCAUGUCUCUACUGAAGAUUGCGGGGUUUCUGCCCCAUGAGUUGUAAGUUUAAUUUCAGUUGUAAAGAAAAAGAAUGAUGUUCAGUUCUCUAGAUAGAGGAAGUUUCAGCUGCAAUCUUUAUUACUUUCAGAUGUAUCAAAAUAUAAAAAAAAGAAAUAAGAGAAUAUGGG